GUUUAAUUACGCCCUUUUUUAUCUAUAUGUUGGAAUCCCCGUUGCUGGUGGCAGCCACAGUGGGUGGCCCGUUAUCGAUAAGCUCUGCAAACCGCCUCAGGGGCGCUACAGAUCACUACUAUUACUAGAUUCCACCAGCUAUCACCAAGCUCCAUCUUGCUGGGUACACUCCCCUCGGCAGAAUCACCCAGAGAAAAAAGACUGAGGGAGGCUUGAAUUUUAGGCACAAUGGAUGCUUUUCUUACGAGGCUCACGCAGCAGGCGAUGAACUAUGCCAUUCGCUCAGGCAUAGCUAUCACUGCCAAAUAUGCCAUCAGUCAAUCGUCUCGCUUACUCAAAAACGUUGACGAUGGUGAAGAGAGGGAAGAGCUACUCACGCUUCAGCACCGACUGGAAAGCAAGAUACAGGUCAUUUCACCUGCCAUUGAUAUGAUUGAACUCAUUGCUGCAAGAGGCAAUACGUCACUAGAGUCAGCCGUGUUUCUCACAAAAUCUCUUCGCUGGGAUAUUCAAUCCCUCGGACAGCGACUAGCAAAGACUGCUGCAUCUGAAGAACUGUAUCUUAGAGGGGCAAACCCCAAAAGAGACCGUUCCCAACACAAGGCGGAGAUCAAGCUUAUCAUUAAGGAUAUUAAAAGACUUCUUGUUCGUAUUGAAGACGCAGUACCGCUGAUGAACUUGGCUAUCACGACGUCGGGUGCUAAGCUAUCAACAAACCUGCCAUCGAGUGUGUCUCCAUCCCGACUGCUGCAGGCAAGCACCUUCCUGACUGCUGGCGAUACGCAAUACUCCAUGUACCCGUCUCAAGCGGUCCAGAUCGGCCCCACAUUUACUCUGUCUAUGUACAUGCUCUUUUCCAGUCACCUUCGGCCGCACGAUGAAGAAGGUAUCCGCGAAGCAACCUGGAAGGAAGUUAUGCACAAGGCGCGUUUGAAGCUCCGCAGGGUGCCUAUGGACCUAGCUGCAAUCCCUCAGUCCGAGACACCGCAUUUCAAACUUCCUGCCGAAGCAAGGAUGGACGAAUUUGCCUACCAGGUGUUGAUUAUCGAAGAUUUGGAUGAUGGCAGAGUCCAUUCGUUUGACGAAAGCGAACCGCAACCUCACAGCUACGAAGGUGUCAGCACCGCAGGACUACGCGAAAUUCUUCCAAUCCACGAGAUUUCCAAGAUCUUCUAUGCAGACACCGGCAAGAUCUUGAACAUAAACACUGAGGGAGAGACCAACAACCCCGUUCUCCUCCUCAAAAGAGACAUCAAUGCCAUCCCACCCCGACGGAUGAUCGAACGGGACGAAAGCUUGUCCGGCCUCGCCCCCGAAGAUCCCGAGGAGGACGACGAGAAGGAGGAAAUCGACGAGAUCCAAGCGCAGCUAGACGCCCAACUCAACGAGGCAAACGCCAACCCCAGACUACCUAGUUUCCAUAAAAGCUCCAUUUCCGAGGAAUGGCGACUCCCCAAAGACCUCGACCCCGAAUGGAUUGCGUUCGAAGUCUACAAUGAAGAAGAAUCAUCAGAUACCGAAUCCGAAGCAGAAGAGGACCACACCUCACCAUCCAGAGCAGGACCCAUCGACCCGGAAAGAAUGGCGAAGCUUUCUCUCCACGACAACACAACAACGCCGUCUCACCGCAGCACCCCUUCUUCAACGCAGCGCAUAUCCACAGCCACCGUCUCAAACCCCCACUUUAACAACAUCCGCACAUCCCUAUCCCUCCUGGAGACCCUCCUCCGCCUCACCUCCCUCCAACAAUUCCAGCAGCAAUCCCACCUAUCCAUCAGCGACGAGCUCCUCAACUUCUUCCUGGAAGAAUCAUCAACCACCGGCGCCGGAGGCGACGAACAACACCGCCAACGGCUCCGCGCUGACGCAAGACGCAGAGUCGGCUGGGACCCGUAUGACGAGAGCCCCGUCAAACGAAGAGGCGAGGACUAUCAAUACGCAUGGACCUCAGAGGGUACUCCGCUCAGAUUCUCGCGCGAGACAAGCGAAAUGCCCUACUCGCCUGGCGAUAGCAGAACCAGAGGAUUCCAUCUAAGGUCCCGAGAGAACACCCCCGAGACACCGCUACGGUACGGACGCUCCGCUUCCGUACAGUCAUCGGAUCUGAAGUCCCGUGGUGCUCGGCGCGGAGGUCCAUCCUCGGCUGUUCUUGCGAGUGAGAGGUCGAGGGGAGGGUCUCCUCUGUCUAGGAAGUCCACGCCGGGUCCUAUUGUGGAAGGGGUUGAUGCUGAUGCUGAUGGUCGGUCAGAAGACUAG